CGCGAAAUUCAUUUCACAAAGCGCCUAAACUCUCGACUGACUUACAACCACUUUUUCAGUGAAUCGAUGUUCAAGAAAUAAUUAGUCCCUUAAACAAUAUGGACGCAAAGUCUCCUACAUUCCAGCAAAACAAGAAAUCGCGUCCUGACAGCAGAGAAAGUGAACGAAGUUCGAGAGAUUCUCGUGAAAUGUACAGGUCAGGGAACUUCCGAAAGACACAGAAGCGUGACAAUCACAGGUAUUCUUUUUAAUCUUUCCUUGCUUUAUUCCAGUUUGCUUGAUUCGUUGAUCAACAGGUUUAAAAUAAGAACGUAAUUAUAAGGUUCUAUUGAGCGAUACGACUCAGAUAAUUUCAAGAUCGUAAGUAUUAUGAGUCUAACUGUUCUAAGGAUUUCCCGCCAUAAUAGAAUAGGAUAUAGCGACCUGUGUGAGAUGAUGUUUUGCUUCGCGAUCUGCGAACCAGAUUAAAGACCAAAAUCAACCUGACUUGUUCUAUUUAAACUUUCAUCAUUUUCAUUUCUCGCUCUCACGAUGUUGCUGAUUAUACUUAAACCGCAAUGCAAGGCAUACAUAAAUAUUCGCUUUAAACACACCUGUGUAAACGGAGGAUCGAUGGCGUUCUCAAAUUUAGUAGAAGGGUGUUAUGAAUAAGAUAUGCACGCGUUUAUAGAAAUCCUUUUAUUUCAAAAGGAGAAGGAGGGAAAUACCAGAGAGUCAGUGCAUAUCACUGUUUCCUUCGGUCAAGAACAACUCUGAUGAAAACAUCUCGGAUGUAAACACCCCUCAAAACGAAAGAAAUAAAUGGGCUAAAACUGCAAGCAGCAAACAGACACCCCCCAACAGAUCUCAUCUUAAAAUUCAGGACCUCUCCAAAGAAUUCCCUCCUCUUGGAGUUUCGAGGUAAAUAUUCAUGUUAUCUGUUUUUGUACCAAUCAAUGGUGUUUAAGUCUUCAUACUGGCCCUCCGUGAGAUAACAAAGGGCAGUUUUGCUUCUCUUUGAAGGUAGAAUGCGAUUCUAUGCCAAAAUUUUGUAAAGAUUUCCUGAUGGUUUUCUGAAAUUCAUUUAUAUGCCAGGGUUGAGAGAAAUACUGUAAUGUUUAUAAACACACAGCAUAGUGAUGUAGACCCUGGCCGAGGCUCAAAUUUGAACCUCUUGAUCAGAAAUAUAGAACGUUAACAACUAAGAGAUAAGUGAUCCAAGAUCACCUGCUUUAUAGAGCUAUUUUCAAUUAAGUAUCAAAAAAACCAAGUCAACCCAAGUGACCAAUCAGAACCAAGGUUAACAUUAUCACUAGCCAAUGAGAACUGAAAGUGUUGGAGCACUGGAAAAUGCAAAUGAAUUAGUUCCAAUUAUUUUAAGAUUUGCAUAAGAUUGGUCAAUAGGAUGGCAGAAGUUUUCUAGACAAAUUACAGAGCAAGGUUAAGUAAAACCAAAACAUUAUCCUGGUUUACUCUGGAAACUCAAUUGAGAAUUGCUCUAACACAUUGAAGAAGCUUAUGAAUCAUAACUCUGAGCAAAUUCACCAGGUAAUGAACUUGUAUCACCAAUGCAGAUCUGGAUUGCUUCCAAAAGAAUUCACCUUCUAAGUACAUGAAUGAGUUUGUAAUACUGAAAGUACUAUGUAAAUAAUUAUCCUUCAGUUAUACUCCUGAGUUGACAAAGGACUGGGGAAGUAUAGUUGACGAAGAGGAAGAAGGGAAAAGAGACCCAGUGAAAAAGAGAACAAAUUUAAGGUAUGUUUUUUUUUUUUUUUUUUUUUUAAAAGUUAAAAAAAUCGAUUCAACUCACCUGUAAAGUAAUUGUGAGUAAUUAUAUAGGAAUAAUACCUUCCACAGUGCAACCAUGUUUUAAUAAAAACACCCUGGGUCUGAAUAUGUAAAUGUUGAGGCUCUAACUCACUGUGGGGCACUAAUAGUUGGCUGUAAUAGUAAGGUUGUGGACCAGUUGCUCAGGAAAUUACAAUGAAGAAGACACUCCAUGUGCAGGCAACGACAUUUUUUACCCACCCUUUCCCCCACAAAUCACAGCAGGAAUAAGCUGCCUCUAAAAUAUGCUAUGAAAAUGUUUUUUGUUGUUAAUGAUGACCACAAUGGUCAACUUUUGUUUAAAAAAGGUGAAUAAAGGAAAAGAGUCUUACCCUUCGUGCUGUCAAGUUACUGAGCUCUUCUUUUGCCAUGCCACAAAAAAAUUUGCACAAUGUACAGUGUGAGUGAUAGGUAAAUGCCAAAUGAUGACAGCGAAGUGCAGGAGACAUGGAAAUGUGACUUUGCCUUCUCAUAAGUUCAUUCAUCUUUCUCUUCCAUUGUGUGUGUGUGUGUGUGUGUGUGUGUGUGUUUGCUCCUCCGUACUUAUCCAGUCAUUUAUCAUCGCCACAUCACUGCAAUAACUGUCUGAUCUUUUAACAUUUGUGAGCCACAGCACUUGUCCAUUGUGUUGCUAACCACUGAACAGGCAGACAUUAACUUAGCUGUUCUUAAGAGACUAGUAAGAUUCUUCAAGAAUUAAAUCUUGCUUUCAUAAGAACAUCACAUUUGGCAGAAUGUCACAUUUAACCAUGAGAUGAUCACAAACAAUUGCUGGCUGAUGGCUAAGAAGCAAAGCUUCACAAAUUGUAGGCUUCUUUAGACCCAUCACCCAAAACUAAUGCAUUACUUCAAAUAAUUGAGAUAUUCCUCCAAAAUGAGGGUGUGAAAUUGAUGAAGAAAUCUAUGACAAAUAGAGUAAAGGUUUUCUGGAUCUUAUUUUUCUGUUCAACUUUUCUUGGGCAAUGUACAUUUUUUUCCUCUGGAGACAGUCAUUUCUUUUCAUUUUUUUUUAAUUGUUUAGGCCUUCAGAGAAGCCGAACAGUGUAGAAAAACUUUACCAAUGACAAGGAAAUAUUCCACCAGAAUUAGAAAUGUGUGAUAUAGUAAAAAUUCUGGCUUAGAACUUGUAUUAUUAUGCGUCAGUUAUUGGUAUCCAAGACAGAGAUGUAUUCAACACUUAAAUAUCAUUAUCUAGUGCAUCAUAAAAUGCUUUCUGGAGAACUUAACUGUACUAAGCAAAAUUAAUUGAAACUUGCAGAUUUAAAAGAAAACUGCUGCUCUCAGAGUCUAGGGAUGAAAAUUUAAAAUCUCUAAGCCAGAAACCUGUCUUGACUGAUCCACAUAAACUGCUCCAAAGACAAAAACAAAUUGACAUUGGAAAGAACACCUUGUCCUAUGGACGUUACACAGCUGCAGUGCCAAGGUAAUUACUAGCAUGCAAUGGUAGUCUUACCAUCCUCCACAAUGUUGAGAAUGGCUGUUUUUUUAACUGUUGUAAGUAUAUAGUGGAGCUUGCGUAGCCCCAUAAUUAUACAAAAUAGUGGUAACCCAUCAAGGCGAAAAAAUAUGGAUGUAUGACCAUAUGACUGUACAACUGAUCGUACAAGGUGCUACUUUUAGCAUGUGCGGCCAACUGUACCAUGGGAAUUGUCUUAUGAUCAAUCCUCUACACGGACAUGGAGAAGUUGUGAAUGAAAAUCCAUUAAUAUUACCAUGCACUUUAUCCAUAGUAGGGGCUUUAGUUCUGUUGAAGAGACGUGCAGGAAAAAAAAAUGCAAGCUCCGCUUUUAGGCUUGCCUAAAUCUAUAUAUUAUCACUUGUUGAACCAAUACCCUUAAAGAUUAAUUCAAGUACUAUUCUAUUACAGCUGAGAUCACCAGAAAAAUGGCCAAUGUAAUUAAACUUGAAUUUUUGUAAGUUUACAGUUAGCAAAAAUGAUAAGUCUCUUAUGUGCACUUCCUAUCGCAUAAAACUUUCAGAGAACAACGUACAAAAGAAGACCCCAAUACACCAGACAAAUUUCAAAUAUGCAGCACUCGAUCUUGGGUUGGUCAGGUGAAGCUUUGGCGUCGAAAACUUCACAUCUGGGACCCGCCAUCUGAAGGAAAAGAGGAUUUGUUCUCUUUGUCUUCACAGAGGUAGGGACACACAUUUAGUAGGCAAAGAGUGGUUUGAAGCAUUACUCUCAUCAACCCCUUAACUUUCAAAAGGGAUCAACAUACGACUUCUCCCUGUAAUAUCCAAAAAACAGGUAAUGAGAAUACUCAAACUUUUUAGGAAGACAUGUUCUUGAUUUAACACAAAUUCAUGUUACUAAUUUACAUGUAAAAGUGUCAUAGCUAGGAGGGAGAAUUAACAAUUAGCUCUUGAGAGUUUAAGGGUUGACUAAAGGAGAGCUGUCUGAAUGGAAUUGAUUCUUUUGAACCAAUGUACAUGUGACCAAAAUGUUUUGUGAUUACAGUAAGUGUUCUUCAAGUAAUCAACAUUUAACAUUGCUAGUUUUUGUCAUUGAGUGUUAAUUAUUGGUUGAAAAUGUUUUAAUUCAACAGCAGUAUUCAGUCAUUCCCUUGUGAGGGUAAGAUGGAAGUGGAUAGUUAUAAUGGUGAUGCUGAUGAUGACAUGAUGUCAACAUCCACCCCAAGUAGUAUUGAUGAUGUGUUUGGUGACUUUGAUCUUGAUGCCUGUUUGAUGAAUGAUGGCUUGCCAUUAUAAUUUUGAGAAUAUACCUAUUCCAUUUUUCAUUUAAGAAAUUUUUUAGACUCAAGAUUUUAAGUAAUUAGUGUUAAAAGAACUUUGAGAUUUGCAUAGAUUUCAAAAGGCAUGGGUCAAACUUUUAUUCAGUUCUGAUAGGUUUAUACAAAUUUCUCAAAUGAACUGUUUCAAAAGUUUUAAAAAACUAUUGCAAAGUUCAAACUGUGGUUUAUGAUUUGACCCUUUUUAGAUAAGUUGAAUUUCAGAUUUUAUUUAUUAGAGAAGUUCAGCCUUUUUGGCCUUUUGGUAGCAUUUCUGAUGUGAAAAAACCAAGGCCACUCUUACUCCUCUGCUGAAAGAAGAAUAUUCAUGUAUGUACUAGAAAUUUUGAUGGAGCACUUAAAUAAAGUGUUUGACUCGUAAACCCAUAAUGUUAACUGAAAUAACUUAAAUACAAUCAUUGAAUGGGUUGGGGAAUACUCAUGUAGUGUACUUGGAGAUAUUUUUUUUCUUUUCUGGUAACUGAUCAUGAAAUUAACAAUAAAACUUUAGGAGGAAAUUAUAUUUUUUGCUUAUUUUUUUAUCCAGGUAAAUUAUAGUUCUAAACUUCUUUACUUGUUUAUUGAUUUCCAUUGAGCCUUUUUCUGAAAUACAGAAACCUAUAUUUCAACUAACAUAUUUUAAAUCCUUUUAUUCAUAAAAUCUAAUUGUUAAUUCUAUCCUCUAACUUCUACACAUUUCCUUGUAUAUUGGUUACAAGAAUGUGAUGUUAGAUCAAGAUAACUUCAACCCCAUAAGUUUGAAUAGUCUUAUUACUGUUUGCCUGGGUAAUGUUGGAUAUUAUAUUGGCAAGUUAAAUGUUAAUCACUUCAAGAAAUUAAAGGUGAAAAUAUAUUUAAUUUUCUUAGAUGGAGGUUUUCAAAAGUAAGAAAUAAUGACAGCAAUAGAUGCAAUGUACUACACAAUUACCUGAACAAUUGUUGUAAUUUGGAUUACUCAUUGCAGAGAGACACCAUUAUUACUGUUAGUCCCUUUGCACUGUACUGUCAUCACAUUGUUUUACGCCUGUUUUCAUCAUUGAUGCCAGCUUUUGGCAAAAGGAAUCAAACAAGAUAAAAUAAUUCAUCUCACAACUUGUCAUAAAAGUUAUCUUUAUUUGUUAUUGCUGUUUCAUGUACAUUGAUCUUUCAUGGCUG